AUGGCAAACCGCACGGAUGUGGCAGCUGUCACCAUCCAUGGGAAGAACCCGCAAUUACUCUUCAGCAGAAUCGUGCGACGCAAGGUAUACGAGAGCUUUUUCUGGAAGAACGACUGUUUUGCAGCCACUGCAGAAAGCAUCGUGGACGUUGCCGUGCAGCUGCAAUACGUCGGAGGCACUUACGGAGGCAUUCGUACGCCCUCUCCAUUUCUCUGCAUUGUUUUGAAACUGUUGCAGAUUCAGCCGGAGAAGGAGAUUAUUCUCGAAUAUCUGAAGCAGGAAGACUUCAAGUAUCUCCGGGCAGUUGCGGCGUUCUACUUCCGGCUCACUGCACGUAGCGACGAUGUGUACAUACACCUCGAGCCGCUGCUAGCUGACUACCGGAAGCUGCGCGUUCGAGAAAGCAGUGGUCGGUUUGUGUUGCGCCAUGUUGAUGAAUUGAUUGACGAUUGCUUGCGGAAGAAUACGCUUUUCGACGUGGAUCUGCCGCCUCUCGCUAAGCGAAACAUCUUUGUCGACCAGCAGCUGCUGCCAGCAGUGCGCCUCUCUGCACUGGAGGACGAAGUCAACACCGAUGGAAACGUCCCCAUGACGGAGGCUCAGGCGCAUGCGCUGCUGCUGAGCAAACGGCUGCUGCAACAGCAGCAGAAGAAACUGCAGCAGCACGUGCAGCAGCAGCGCAGCAGACAACUGCAGCAGGAGCGAAAGAUAGAGGAAGAGAAGCAAGCGCGGCAGUUGCAAGCCGAGACAGCACCAGACGACACACGCGUCAAGCGCCACGAAGAGGUGGACAGAGACAGAGAUCGAGAGAGGGAGAGAGAGAGAGAACGAGAGAGAGAGAGGGAGCGAGAACGAGAAAGAGAACGAGAACGAGAGAGAGAAAGAGAGAGAGAAAGAGAACGAGAGCGAGACAGACAGAGGGAAAGAGAGCGAGACAGACAGAGGGAAAGAGAGCAGCGGGGAGAACGAGACACAGAGCGUGACUAUGACAGAGGACGGCAGAGAGACAGGGAGAGAGAUCACGAGGCGGAGAGUUACAGAGGAAGGGAUAAGGAUCGACGAGAGCGAGAGAGGCGGGAGCGAGAGAGGCGGGAGCGAGACAAGGAGAAAGAGCAUGACAGAGAUCGUGAUCACCGACGGGAGAUCAAAUCGGAAAGGGAAAGGCAUACAAGUCGAACCGCAGCAGCAGCAAAUGGAAUUAGCAGCAGCAGCAGCAAGCGAACAAUUAAGGAGGAGGUGCCAAGGAGCCAUCAGAAGGACGGCGAGUUAUCCGUCUCGGAGUGGAAUGACAUCAGGAAGGAUUUAGGCCUUAAGCCCCUAAAACACUAG